AUUAAUUACUGGAGAUUGUCGCCAUGUUUGAGUGCCAUCCAUCCUUGGUCGCGUCAUGGUUUGGAGCCCCUGCAGCGGCUGCGGCCUCGGAGUGGCCCGGGAGCAGGCCUCUGAGUGGCUCGCCAGCGCGCAUUCCAGCGAUUGAGCCAGGCUAGCCCCCGCCUGGACCCCGCUGGGCCACAAAGGCCACAAAAACUGGGCAACGGACCCUGUAGCAGGCGCUGCGCUGGAUCCAUGACAUCAGAGGCUUCAUUGGCCACGGCCGGCUUCGAAACAGGCCCUUGUGCCUGGAAUUGCCUGGAAUCUGGGCCCGCGACUGGCUUUUGUUGGCUGUCAUGGCUCCUGGCCAGCCGCCCUUUGGCGCCACGGCAGGCAAAAUAGAAACGCUGGACCGCGCGCUUCCGUGGCCCAGUCGAGCCCAGAUGAGACCCGUCUUUGUCGACGAGGCCCGGGAUCGAUCCUCUCUUUAUUCCAUGCUCUCCGACACGGAUCCAUCAUUUCUUUGUGCCCUGUAUGACUCUUUGCGUGGCCUUGUGUUGGCCUUGGGUGCUACAGUGGAGCGUGCAGCGUCAAUGAGCUGUCAUCUACAAAUAGCACCUUGGCCGAUGGCGGGCCAACCACCCGAUUGGGAAUACGUUGGCAGGGAUCAAUCAAGCGGCCUCCCUCCAAGAGAAGGUGUUCGCGUAGGCGUAGUGGAGGGUAUGAUGUCGUUCUUUGAAGAUCGAUUUCUUGAUUUUUCGCCCGCACUUGGUAUGAUUUUCCAACCCCAUCAAAAAAAACACCACGUUGAUUGCACCCGAAUAGCAUGUUGCCACUGCCUCCAGCCAAUCCCAUUCCUAUUACAGGCGGACACAAGAGUGCCACGGGCUGUGCUGCCGAGCCAUGGAACAAUCGCCCCUCCAUCCUAUCACCCCGCUUUCAAUCAUGGUUUCAGCCGUCUUCUGCGAACCUGUUUAUCUGUACCCUGGAUCAACAAGCGAAUCAUGAGUCUCUCAAUGACUCUCCAUGCAUUGAACUCUAAUAUUAUGUCGCAGUAUGAGGAACAAUUGUGA